AUGGCAUUUGUUGGCUUUCAACCGGACGAAUUACGCAUGAUUGAAGAGGAGAGCGGCAGCAGCUCAAUAAAGGGCCAACGACGAUCCACGGACGAGUCUGCUAAAUACAAAUCGAAGAACCUCCAUGCGGAGAGACGACGGAGGCAGAAGCUUAGUGAUAGGCUAUUAUUAUUACGUGCUACUAUGAAUAAAGCCACAAUUAUCGAGGACGCAAUAACGUACAUCCAGCAGCUGCAACAGAAGGUUGACAUUCUCAAAGACCAGCUUGUCGAAUUGGAGGCCUCAUCUGAAAAAAACAUAUGGCCUACACCACGUGAUAUUGAAGCGCCAAUAAACAUCAAGAGAAGUUAUAUUCAGGCAGAUGUGAGGGUUACUCAAAUUGACGAACAAAAACUCUGGGUUAAGAUACUUUUUGAGAAGCAAAAGGGCGCCUUCACUAAAUUAAUCCAAGGGUUGGAUUCUUUUGGAUUUGAACUCAUUGAUAUUAGUGUCACAACAGUGAAAGGAGCAGUUCUUGUAACAACCAUUAUCAAU